AUGAGAGCUCCCUGGUCAGGCUCAGACUGCUAUCAUGAGCAGCUAAAAAGGAACUCCAAGUUCCUGUGUUUAGACCAGAGGAUGCACACUGAGCUGGUGGGCAGGAUAGUGCUGCAGCUCAACAGGACCUACCCUCAAAUACUUACUGACAAGGAGGCCCUGAGGUUCAGGAACCUGAGCGCGCCUACUGCGGUGCGAUUGGCUGAGCUGCUGGUGUACUUACAGGGGAAGGGCGAGGAGGAGUUUCAUGAGUUCUACAGGGGGCUUCAGAUCCACGCUGACAAGGUCUACUUUAAUCUGCUUACCAGAGUCAGCCGAAGAAGAGGACCUCUGUUCUUUCUGAGUUGUUUUAGUCUUGCAGUGGGCUUAGCCUUGCUCUAUUGCUAUGGAGAGUGUAAUUUGAGUGGUACUGGUCCAUUUCUGAGCUUCUCAGUGCUGGGACUGGGCAGUGGGGCCAGUGAGGUUCUCUUAGCCAACGCCAAGGCCUACUGGAUUUAA